UGACUUACUCGCUUAAAAAUACAUUAACAUAUUUCGUUUCAUGACAUAAAAAUUCAGAAUAUCUUUAUUUGCGUCAUAUUUUUGAAUCCAAGUUACAACAGUGUGUUCCAAGCACACGUUUUAAGAUCGUAAGAGAUCCGCCUCUUCAAAAAGCACGAGACAUUUGGAAAGUCUAGACUGUGAUGUCCCAUGAUGUCGUGUAUUAGCUGCAUUUCCAUAAAGGAAGUUUGAAAAGUGCAAAAUUUUAACAAAGAAGUUUACUAUCUACAUGCAAUAUCCAGUAAAUUAAGGUUUUGUUAAGAAUAACAGGGAUGACACAAACAGAAAAAGCUGUAACAGUGCCUCACAUUCAUCAUACCCCCCAGUUCUUCCCAAUUCCUAAGAUUAUCAAUGGUGCUAUAGCUGGUAUAGUGGGCGUGACAUGUGUCUUCCCUAUCGAUCUUGUCAAAACUAGACUCCAGAAUCAACAGCCAAUGCCCAAUGGAGAACUCUACUACAAAAGCUUGUUUGACUGUGCCAAGAAAACUUUCAAGAAUGAGAGAUUCCUAGGAAUGUACAGAGGCUCUGCAGUAAAUCUGCUUCUGAUCACACCAGAAAAGGCCAUCAAACUCGUCGUCAAUGACUACCUACGAUACAAAUUUACAGAUAAAAAGACUGGGGUACUGUCCAGUGGGGGAGCCAUUAUCUCAGGGGCGGGAGCUGGAUUGUGUCAGAUUGUGGUCACCACACCAAUGGAACUUCUGAAGAUCCAGCAGCAGGAUGCAGGAAGAAGUGGUGCUGCUAAGACUGAACGUAUAACUGCUACUGGUACGGCACUCAAACUGUUCAAAGAAAAGGGAAUUCUGGGUAUUUACAAAGGAUUCCGAGCCACGGCACUUAGAGAUGUCACAUUCUCAGCAAUUUAUUUUCCACUGUUUGCCAUUGUCAACGAAAAGCUGAUUUCUGAUGAUUUGACGGGGUUAGCGGGAGGGCUGGACCAGCCUGUCUUCAUCUAUUCUCUGUGUGCCGGGAUUACAGCUGGGGCUGUGGCUUCACUGUCUGUGAAUCCAUUUGAUGUUGUGAAAACUCGCCUACAGACUUUGAAGAAAGCAGAAGGAGAAGCUACCUACUCAGGAAUCUUGGACUGUUUUACGAAAGUGUACAAAACAGAAGGAUGGAAGGCAUUUUUCAAAGGUGGCUUCUGCAGAAUUCUGGUAAUCGCACCCCUGUUCGGGAUCGCUCAAGGUGUAUAUUUCCUUGGCAUCGGAGAGCAUAUAGUGGGGUUCUUCUCCAAGUCAAAGUGACAUAUUAGUGAUUUUUAGGUUGGAAGGUUGCAAAAUAAUUGACAUAUUUGAAUAAUUUGUUAUGUUGUCUGUGAUACCUAAGUUUAGUGAUCUUAGGGGGCUAACAAGUGUAUAGUAAAAACCUGCAGUCAAAAGAGAAUGAAAGAUCAUAUACAUGUAUUAAAGAAAAAAUAGGAUUGAAGCACAAAAAAUACUCAUGUACUUAGCAAUUUAGAAUGAUUGUAUUUAAAGUACUAUAGUUUUUAUUUAAACUUGGUUUUAAGUAGUAGAAGAGACCUGAGAUACAUAGGUGACUAUGCAGUGACUGUUAUUUAAUUUUUUUUCUUUGUUUACUGAAUGAAAAAACAAAAAUUGUAAAAUGGAGUAGAUUGAAUAUGUUUUUUCUACAAGGACUUGUAUGCUGUUGAUAAUGUUUAAUAAUUAAGCAUCUAACACAAUAUUUCCUUUUAUUUUGCUGAAAAAAAGUAAAUUGACAAUCAUGUUUUCUCAUCACAUGAUGUGCCAGUACCAGGAAUCUCCAAGUAUUGACAGCAGUAAGAAACUAGUCAGUAUUUACUAUUUUUAGCUCGUCCAUUACAGUAUGUGUUUCAAAAAUAUGUACAUGUAAGUGGAAAGAUACAAACCAUCACUUUUUUGUUUUUACCUGUAUACCACUAUAAAUUGUAUCGUGCUUUGUGCCAGUUUUUUUUUUUUUUUCAUUUUCUAAUCAGUUCAUUUAUAUUAUUAAGCAAUUUUAUUCAAAAGCAUUAUGAUUUGUGUUGAUUUAUCAAUAAAUUUUGCAAUAAUAUGCACAGCUUUCUUAAGAGAGUGAAUUAUUAUGAAAAAAUGUGUAGUUCUGAUUUUGAAAUCAGCCCUCAUAAAAAGGAGCCAGUAUUGUAGUACAUGUAAUAAAUUUUGUGAUGUACACAGUAAAGUAUACAUUAUACAGAACACAGAAUUUUCAUUAAUAAUUGUCUACAAUGAAGUGGUGUUUGAUUAGAAAAUACAACUUAAGCUUGAAUUAUUGACAUUGUACUUUGCCAUAAUGACUUAAAGAUUUAUCAAAGUAACAGCUGUUUCCCUUAGAGCUUCCUUUCCAUGAGUUAAGUCCCCUGUUAAGUCCUGUGUCGUAUUAUAUUAAUAUAAAAUUAUACAACUUCUGAAUUAACCUUGAUAUCAGGCCUGUCAGGAGGCAAAAUUCUGUCAAUCUUGAUUUUUUUUUUCAAUUUUCCAUGUCCUAUAUGACAGUGUCAGACCUGUUUACUGUUACGAUUUCGCCGUAUUUUGUAUGGAUUUUCAGUCCAAAAUAGGUCUUACGUUUUGCUAUAACGAAAAUACGGAAAUCUGUUCAUAUGGAUUUUAGCAAUUAGUUUUCAUUAUCUGUCUCAGUAUGACGCUUUUAAAUCGCUAAAGAAGAGAAAAUUUUCGAACAUUUAAGUUGCCAAAACGCGGUGGUUUAAAAAAUGACAGAAAUCACUCAAAAGAGAGUAGUGUAUGACAUUUUGCUUUGUUAUUAAACCAUGUUUUGGUAAUCAGAAAUGUAGUUGUUUUCUAUAAUAUAUGUACAGUUGAUGAAAAGUGAAAUCUUACGGGCAAAUGCCAAAUCUCACUGACAAAUCUAAUGAAAAAUACUGAGAGACAACAAUUUGGGUAAACAGGUCUGCAGUGUAUUUAUGCCUUAAAAACUUCUUCUUUUUUUUUUUUUUACAUUUCCACAUGUGAAUUGAGUGAAUUUUUUAUAUGUAAAUUUCUAAAAUGGAAAAAAAGGAAUAUGUCUCUUAUUGUGAUAGUGCUGGUGAAAUGUUUAUAACUCUGUCAAUAUUGGACAUUUUAAAGAUUGAGAAAGAUAAUCGAAGUCAUACAUCUACCUCCUGAAUUAUUUAAAAAUAAUUGAAAUAGAAUGACCCAUUUAUAUGUAUGUUGUGUUCACUACAUAACACAGUAAAUCCCCUUUAUUCCAUGGUAUAUUGAUAUUGAUGUGUGAUUGACAUACCCAAGUUACACUGGAUCUGUGUUUUAAAUAUUACCUGCAUUAACCUUAGUCAUUUUAUGCAUUUACCAGUCAUGUGUUUGUACCUUUUAUUUUUAGUAGAUUGAGUUAUGUCUUGUUUUUUUUUUCCAUUAAAAUCUCAUCAGUCAAGUGUUUCCUGAAUUAUCAAAUUGUGAUUAAACUUUGUUUAAUGGAAAAGACAAAGCUAUCAUAUUGGAAUAUUAAAACUUAAUUCUCCCUAGUCUAUUUUAUCUCCAAUAUAAACUUUUUCAUGUUUGUUUUUUAUUUUCUGUAUCAUAUUGUAGCUAGUUUAAUACAUUGAAUUGUUUGCUUUUGAUUAAUAUUUGCUUUUAUGUUCAAACCAUUUUCAUGCUUUUGAUGAAAAAAAACAUGACUUUUUUGAUCUGCAGUCUACGUGGUUUGAUCUGUAGGGGAAUAUACAAUAUACAGUACUUGAUCUGCAGUCUAAGUGGUUUGAUCUGUAGGGGAAUAUACAAUAUACAGUACUUGAUCUGCUCAAUUGUUAUAUUGAUACAUUCCUGUCAUUCUUUAAUACAAGGGUCUAUACAGGUAGAACACCUACAGAAGUACACACGUACUGUAUAUCAGUAAGGCUUAAGUACACACGUACUGUGUAUCAAUAAGGUUUAAGUACACACGUACUGUGUAUCAAUAAGGUUUUAAGUACACACGUACUGUGUAUCAAUAAGGUUUAAGUACAUACGUACUGUGUAUCAAUAAGGUUUAAGUACACAUGUACUGUGUAUCAAUGAGGUUUAAGUACACACGUACUGUGUAAGGUUUAAUAAUUCUGUUAUAAUAAUCCAACAUAUUACAGGUUUAUGUAUAAGCUUUUCCUUACAUGUGUUCAUUUAAUAGAUGCAUUUAGUAUAUUUUUAGUAAUUAUGGAUUUGGUUUAAAACAUUAAUAUAUUGAUUGGUAAAUAAAUGAUUUAAAAGAUUUUUUUUUGUGCCAUAUUUGUUUGGUGAAGAAAUUUUGUA